AUGAAGAAGAUGGACUUGUCAUUAGUGAAAUUGUUGAAUAAGCUGCAGGAGCUAAAGACUAUAAUCAACCAGCAAGCUCCUAUGGCGUUCUUGAUUGACAAGGCUGGACCCUCUUCUUCAAAACCAGUAAAAUUUCAGAAGAAAAAAGAAAAAGUCUCACAAGAAACUGGGAAUUACAUUCUGAAUUUUCCAUACGAAUUGUGGAAUGAGCACAAGCCUAGUCUACAGUGUAUUCGAGUUUUGGGUUGUCCAGCAUAUGUUAUAAAAGGAAAGACAGAUAAGUUGGAAUCUAGGACAAAAGUGUACAUUUUUAUUGGAUAUCCAAAAGGUACAAAAGGAGAUUUAUUUUACUAUCCUAAGGAACAAAAGGAAAUAAGAAAAAGCAUAAUUAAAAAUGGUGUAGCACCAGAACAAGUUCCUCAAAUAGUUAUUGACAUACCAUUGCUUCCACAUAAUGGAAGAAAUGUCAAUAGGCAUGAGGUUGCACAAGAGAAAACUCAAGAUAUUUCAGUACCACAAAGUAGUAGGAAUAAUGUCGAGCAACCUCCAAUUGUGGAGGAAGCAAUUCCGAAUGCUCAAAAUUUAGUUCAAGACGUAGCAAAUCCUGUAGUGACUAGUCAUCAUAGUGGGAGAGUUAUUAGAAAACUUGAAUGA